AUUUUGGGGGCAUUCAAGGGGGAAAAAAGAGUCAGGCUUUUUGAGGUGAGGACUUUGGCACAGGGUCUCGGGAGUGAUGGCGGCGUCUGCACCCUCCUCCUCCUCCUCUGGCGGCGAACCGGAUCCAAACUCGACAAAUUUACGACCACCGGGCUCAAGCUAUGAUGCUUGGUGUGGAGUUGCCCAUGGAUGUACUAGAAAAUUGGGAAUGAAAAUAUGUGGAUUUUUGCAGAAGAACAACAGUCUUGAGGAGAGGAGCAGGAUUGUGAGUUCCUUCAAGGAGCGCACAGCCAACAUGCUCUCCUGCGAUAACGGAGGCGGGGAGGCGCAUUUCAGACGCACAGAGACCGAUUUCUCCAACCUGUAUGCCAGAGAUCUGUUGCCUGCUAAAAAUGGAGAGGAGCAGACCAUGCAGUUCUUGCUGGAAGUUGUGGAAAUCCUUACCAACUACGUUCGGAAGACUUUUGAUAGAUCCACAAAGGUCCUGGACUUCCACCACCCUCACCAGCUGCUGGAGGGCAUGGAGGGCUUCAACCUGGAGCUGUCCGACCAGCCCGAGUCCCUUGAGCAGAUCCUGGUGGACUGCAGGGACACCCUGAAGUACGGAGUGAGGACAGGACAUCCCAGGUUCUUUAACCAGCUGUCCACUGGAUUAGACAUUGUUGGGUUGGCAGGAGAGUGGCUGACCUCCACAGCCAACACUAACAUGUUUACCUACGAGAUCGCGCCUGUCUUUGUCCUCAUGGAGCAGCUUACACUGAAGAAGAUGAGAGAGAUCGUUGGCUGGAGUGAUGGAGAGGGUGAUGGAAUAUUUUCUCCAGGAGGAGCAAUCUCCAACAUGUACAGCGUGAUGAUUGCAAGAUACAAAUUCUUCCCUGAAGUAAAGACCAAAGGCAUGGCCGCCGCACCGCGACUGAUCCUCUUCACCUCAGAGCAUAGCCACUACUCAAUCAAGAAAGCCAGUGCAGCUCUGGGAUUCGGGACAGAAAACCUGAUUCUCCUCAAAACGGAUGAAAGAGGAAGAGUCAUUCCUGCGGAUUUGGAAGCUAAAGUAAUAGAAGCCAAGCAGAAGGGGUAUGUUCCCAUGUUUGUGAAUGCCACGGCUGGUACCACCGUCUAUGGAGCCUUUGAUCCCAUCAAUGAAAUUGCAGACAUCUGCGAAAAGUACAACAUGUGGCUUCAUGUGGAUGGUGCAUGGGGGGGAGGUCUGCUCAUGUCCAGGAAACACAGGCACAAGCUAAAUGGAGUCGAGAGGGCCAACUCAGUCACCUGGAACCCCCAUAAAAUGAUGGGAGUGCCUCUGCAGUGCUCUGCCAUCCUGGUCAGAGAGAGGGGGUUAUUGCAAGGCUGCAACUCCAUGAGUGCCGGGUACCUCUUCCAGCCAGAUAAACAGUAUGAUGUCACAUAUGACACAGGCGACAAGGCCAUUCAGUGUGGACGCCAUGUUGACAUCUUCAAGUUCUGGCUCAUGUGGAAGUCAAAGGGAACUGUGGGAUUUGAACAACAUAUCGACAAGUGCCUGGAUCUGUCAGCAUACCUCUACAAUACAAUCAAAAACAGAGACGGCUAUGAGAUGGUGUUUGAUGGAGAGCCGCAGCACACUAAUGUGUGUUUCUGGUAUCUUCCACCGAGUCUGCGCGGCUUGCCUGAUGGCGAAGAGAAGAGGGAGAGGUUGCACAAGGUAGCACCAAAGAUCAAGGCGAUGAUGAUGGAGUCAGGGACGACGAUGGUGGGUUACCAGCCUCAAGGAGACAAGGUGAACUUCUUCCGCAUGGUCAUCUCCAACACCGCCGCUACCAGGUCAGACAUUGACUUCCUGAUCGAAGAGCUGGAACGACUGGGGAAUGACUUGUAAGAGCACACCUGAACCCUUCUCCCUCGACUAAGCCAUGACCUUGGCUUCAUGUCUCUUGUGUUUCAUAAAGACGUUGACAUUUUUGCUUACAGGUCUUAUUUGGCAAUGCACAACAACAAUAACAAAAAAUGCCUUGUGUGUCUCUUUAUUUGUGUCUUCUGUCUUUAGCAGCAAUGACAUAAUAUUAAAGAAAUGUGCACACAUGGUUAUCUGAGUUAAAAGGACACAAGUCAAAACUGGAAGAGAAUCACAAAAGCACACUGGUAUUCUUGCUAAAUCAUAUAUUAAGACAAAAAACCGAUAUGAUGUCUAUUAAGUGCAAAAUAAAGAAGUUACCUUUCGUGGGAAUAUGAUGUAGCAAGAAUAUCUGAAAGAUUCUGUUGAUAAAAAUGUAAUUUAACUGUUGUUAUUUAUUAAAAAAUCAGUUCUAGAAACAGAAUGAAAUCAAGAUAUUUUUUCACAGUCACAGAGCACAAUGUAGGAAACCUUAUAGCAUUGAAAGAAACAGUAUUAAUGUCAAAUAUGUAUAUGAUGUACUGACUGUUGGUGCUUCAUGUCGUCUAUGUAAUUAUUAAUUGAUAUUCCAUAGGUAGAACAAAACUCACGACUAUACCUGACAGCUGUGUUUUUAGAGAUUUUUGUGUAGAUUGUGUAUAGUAUUGUUACAUUGCCUUUGUGCCAAAUGUGUCCUAGUUUUACGGUGAGAAAAUCCUAUGUGUAAAUGGAUAACACAGUAUAAGUAUGUACUAGAUGAAUCACUUUAUUUAUACCCACCCAGAGAUAAUAAUUGUGUAUAGGUUACCUGCUGUCCAUCUGUAGUGUAUCCUUUAUUUUCCUCUUGGGAAGCUGUGUUAUAUCAUAAUGUUUGAAUUUACAUUGUAGUCUUUUAGUGUGUUGUGAACCAAAGAAGGGUUGCAUCUAUGAACACACUCACAGCCUUUAUUCUCCCUUACAGACACUUAUGUUAGAAAAUGUAACUUAUGGCCCUUAACUUGUGUGCAAUCUAUGUUGUGUACGUGUGCAAUGUCCUUGUGAUUCACUGACUGAAUGUUGUCAUGACAGAAGGAGGAGGCAGCUCCUAUUGCUAAGUGCAUUGUUAUUGAUGAAGAGCACAAUGCUGGGGCAGCUUUUAUUCUAUGGACAUAUGAUUGUCUAUAAGUGUUAAGUGAAGUUUAACUAUAAUAUGCAAAGUUCUGUUCUGUCUUAACAUGCUCUAUAGGCACACUCUUAUGUUAGAAAAACAAUCUGUGAAGCUUUAUUUAUCAUUGAGAAUGCAGUGUUUGCUACUGUAUUGAGAUUGGUUUAUUUAUUGAACAAUUGUACAUUCCUGAAUUAGUGGGAUGAAAAAUCCCUUUUAAAUUAAAUGUAGGCACUUUAACUUUAUGCCAUUGUUUGCAGAGUUUUACUGUAGUAUCCACAGCAUAAUAAAGACAUGAGCUGUAGAUCAUCAGUGGGCACCGUUUUUUGUUUUUUUUAUUGUGUAAAAGGACAAAUGCUCAAAUAAAGAUAUAUAUGGUAAACACA